AUGUGGAAAUUAAAACUAGCCUCCAGUAAUAAUGAAAUAACUAAAACUAGGAUAGAAGCGUUUCUUAACUGUGAUAAAGAAAUUUAUCCAAAUAUUAAACUUCUUUUAAAAAUAUUUGUUACACUGCCUGUAUCGACUGCAACUCCCGAAAGGAGGUUUUCUAGUUUAAAGAGACUUAAAACUCAUCUACGAAAUACAAUGAAUGAGACACGACUGAAUGGAUUAUCGUUACUGUCAAUACAUAGGGAUAUUGUCGAUAUUGAUCUAUCCGUGGAAGAAGUUGUGGACGAAUUGUCUAAAAAAAAAUCAUAA